AUGACAACGAUAGCGAUGGGGUCAGAUAUUGAAAUUGUGGAUUCAUAUAACGUAUCACGAAUAAAGGAUACCCCUGUCAAAUUGGCUUUUGAGGAGACAUGGGUUCCUGAUAUCACUACAAGCGUAUAUGAUACGUGUACAAAUAUCGAUUCUGGUGUACAACAGCCCUCAACCAUCCCUGAUAAGGAAAAAGCCAUAGCAUCCGGUGUUUUGCAUAUUGAUUCCACUAUGGAGGAGAAAAAACUUAUAGAAAUGAAAGUUUUUCUAGAGAAUCAGCUGAAGGAAAUUCAAACGUUAAUAGCUACAGAGGUGAAGAACUUUGAUGAAAAUUCCUUUUUGUUGCAUAAGAAGAUUGAUGUUGUCGCAAAUGCAACUACAAGGUUGAAGAAUUAUUCGCAUGAUCUUCGAUUCAAGACAGAGAAGGAUGAUAAUAUUUUUUGUCAAGGAUCCACCAGGCUUGAAGAGAAGAAGAGGUUUCAAGCUAUUGAGUUAGAGAAACAGAGACAAAUAAACUACAUUUUGAGACAAAGAGCCAAUGAUCCACCAGGCUUGAACAAUGGUGAUCCCAACAAGCAAUGGUGCUAUGAAAUUAUCGAAAUUGAUGUGCUUGGUAAAAAUGAUGAAUUCCUGAAGAAGAAAAAAAAAAGGCAAAGAAGAUUUAUGACAUUGAGAAUUUAG